UAGAUGUGUUGGAGUAGGCAGGGGAGAAAGAGAGAGGGAGGCAAGAGGUGGAUGAACGGGUGGUUAAGACAUAAAGGUGUAGCCUAAUCUACAGAGACAGCUAAACGACGGGGUUAUUUCCAUAAAUGUUUUUCACGGGGCUUUGCUGUUUAUUCUUAGCAGAGCAAGCCGGUAGUCAUUCACUGUUUCUGACGCGUAAGGCUGCCGUUGGGCACCAGCGCCGAUAAAGGAUGAUAUGUUUGAUUAAAUAGCAUAAAUAUUAACAAAGUAUAGCUCAAAUCUAGGAGACACAGGAGGAGGCAAACUAUGAUCAGAGGAUGAUUUCUUCAAAGAAAACUCCGGAGAAGAGUCGUUUUCCUAUCCACUAUUUGGUGUGGCACAACAAACACCGACAGCUGGAGAAAGAGCUGGCAGCGAACGAGCAGACAGAUUUAGAGCUUCUGGACCCUCGGGGCCGGACCCCUCUCCACCUGGCGGUCACACUGGGCCACCUGGACUGUGCCAGGAUCCUGCUGCAGCACGGAGCUGACGUCAGCAAGGAGAACCGCAACGGAUGGACCGUUCUUCAGGAGGCGGUGAGCACAAGAGAUCCGGAGUUGGUGCGUCUCGUGCUUCGUUACCGUGACUACCAGAGGACUGCCAAGAGACUGGCGGGCAUCCCCGUCCUGCUGGAGCGUCUGCGCCAAGCCCAGGAUUUCUACGUGGAGAUGAAAUGGGAGUUUACCAGCUGGGUGCCCCUGGUGUCUCGUAUCUGCCCCAGCGACACCUACAGAGUUUGGAAGAGCGGUCAGUGUCUCCGCGUCGACACCACGCUGAUGGGCUUUGAACAGAUGACCUGGCAGAGAGGAAACCGGAGCUUCAUCUUCAAGGGACUAGACUCCAGCGCAGAGGUGAUGGAGGUCGACCAUGACAGGCAGCUUGUCUUCUGCGAGACCUUGUGCGUCUCGUCUCUGGCGGCACUCUCACCCGGCCGGGGGAACGGCGGCGCCUGCAGCAGCAACGACGCAGGUUUGGGCCUUCUGGGGGCGAUGCAGCCCAGCGACGAGCAGGUCGCAGCCAGGCUGUCGGCCCCCGUGGUCACCACCCAGCUGGACACCCGCAACAUCGCCUUCGAGAGGAACAAGACGGGAAUAUUAGGCUGGAGGAGCGAGAAGACUGAGACGGUGAAUGGAUAUGAAGCCAAGGUGUACGCAGCAUCCAACGUGGAGCUUAUCACCAGGACCAGAACUGACCAUCUGUCCGACCAGAACAAGAACAAAACAAAAGGUGGGAAGACUCCUCUUCAGAACUUCCUGGGGAUAGCCGAGCAACACAUGGGGCCCAACAACGGGGCUCUUGUGACGCAGAUGUCGAGUCCCGCUAAGACCAACCCUGAAGCGCUGACCGCUGAGGAAUACUUCAACCCCAACUCGUCUCUGAGUCAGAGGGACAUCGGCCACCAGUGCCAGCUCACCACCAAGACCCAGAGGUUUAAAGCCAAGUUGUGGCUGUGCGAGUCCCAUCCUCUGUCCCUGGCGGAACAAGUGGUGCCUAUCAUCGAUCUCAUGGCCAUCUCCAACGCACUGUUUGCUAAGCUGCGUGACUUUAUCACUCUGCGUUUGCCGCCUGGCUUCCCCGUCAAGAUCGAAAUCCCUCUCUACCACAUCCUGAACGCCAGGAUCACCUUCAGCAACCUGAACGGCUGCGAGGAGGGGACGGGCGUUCGCACGGACAACGAGGUGGGGGUGGAGGGGGACGGACAGAGGGACCCCCCGAGGACAGACACCCCGUCUCCAGGCAGCGACUCCUCCAGCGUCUCCAGCUCCAGCUCCACCAUGUCAUGUCGAGCCGGAGAGAUCCCCCCGUGUGUGUUUGAGCCCCCGUCUGGAUACUCCAUGAUGGGGGGGAAACAGAGAGACAGCAUGAGGGAUGAGGAGGAGGACCUGCUGCAGUUCGCCAUACAGCAGAGUCUGCUGGAGGCCGGCUCUGAAUUCGAUCAGGUGACCAUCUGGGAGGCGCUGACCAAUAGCAAGCCAGGAACAAACACGCCGCCCUGUGAUCCGAGUCGUCUGGAGAGGACCCCCCAGCACAAGCCCCGCCCCCCCUCCAGCCUCUGUUCCACCCCCUCCAAGAAGCAGCCGUCCACCUGCAGCUAUGACGAGCAGCUGCGCAUCGCCAUGGAGAUCUCAGCUCGGGAGCAGGACGAGGCGGAAAAUCGGCGGCGACAAGAAGAGACGGAGCUACGGCACAUCAUCGAGCUGUCACUCAUGGAGAAAUGAGAUCUGAGUGGCCCAGCAGGGGUCUGAGGGGAGGGGUCUGGACCAAGGACUCAUGGGAGAGAAGGGCAGUGCAGGCUACUUAAACUUAAAGGGAACAUAAUCCACCUUUUAUGUCGAUUGGAGCAAUACAUUCCUGAGUGUGUGCUAUAUUGACAGACAAAGUUAACUUCUGCUUGUGGAGAGUGUUUGCAGUGCCUACAUGUACCAGGAUGCAUUGCACUGAUGCCCACGGUCCCCACUGGCCAUAUUUAUUGUGCUGCUAAUGCCGUUUAGUCUGGCUCAAAUAACGACGGCUAAACAUCCAAAUCAAUACUGUAAAUGUAUCCUCAUCCGUUAUAUCUUCUCCACACAUUUUCGGAUGCCAUGUUUGCUGUCAGUAAAGUAUCUUGUUUGCAAUUCAAGCAAAGACAACAAGGAAGUUCUAUUUCUGAAUGACAUUUAAAACAACCCCAAUGCUAGCCAGAGAAUUACACACUGUACCAGCCUGUAGUUCUUCCACUGAGUCACUUUAAAUGAUGCCAGUGAAUGCAGGAAGAACACGUAUUUUUAGCUCCAAUGUCUCUAUCAAUAUAGCACGCACUAAUUGCUUCAAUUGGCCACAUUUACCAUCAAAACCGGUUUGGACAUCCCCAUAAAAGUUGGCAAAUGUAACGCGAAGCAGAGUAAAUACCUAAAUAAUCUCUGUGGAUUUCAGAUCACGAAAGAGCCUCCUCUUUAUUCUCCCAUUGCCUUCGCCUGACCUUUCCCAUGAUGCCACGCGGUGAUGCAGCUGUCCGGCCUCAGACAGCCAGAGAGGGACUUCAGUUUCCUCUUUCUGUUGCCACACAGUACUUUUUGUGACAAGUUUACAACCAACAACGCAUCCAAUACAACAAGUUCAGUGGAAUGCCUUCUUGGGUGACUGAUUUCUGUCUGUUUGCAGGUGCGUGCGUGUGUGUGCAUAUGUGUGUGUGUUUCCAAACCAGCUCUCCGCACAGGGGUCAACAGAUCACCUUCAAUACUGAACAUGUAUAUAUUAAAGCCAACUCUCUGCUCCGGCACUAACACACACACUCUAGUGUGGGAGUACUUUGACCUUAUUGGUCAAGUUGAGUUGAGUGUCGACAAACCAUUUGACUUCCUCAGUUUUGAGGGAAAAUGUUUUAAAAAACUGAUUGUUAUGUUUCUUUUUUUCCCCACAAAAUCCAGAUGUACUGUACUAAGCUUGUUGGCGGAUCACAUGUUGACUGUUAAUGGAUGUAGAUGACGAGUUUGAGCACAAGCUAAGCUUUAGUUUUAGCCUGACGUUAGACAGCAGGAGCACAGAUAUGAGACAGCCAGAUAAACACUUUGUGCACUAACUAACAUGUAUGUGACGGUGAAUGAGCUGUGGCCGGCCGUUGUGUAACACAAACAAUAAAGGGACCUGAUAGCGGUCUUCAAUCGGAUGGUGGAAUAGAAAUGUUACAGAAAGAGGUUUUCUGUAUCUUUGCAUCCUCUCACCUUACAUGAGCGGAUAUGUUCUGUAUUUCUGUGUAGUCAUGGUCGAUGUUUGUACAAUAUUUCAGCAUGGUCUGCACCUGUGUGAGGUUCAUUUUGUCUAGCCUGGAGGAGACCUGCAAUGGUUAAUCAAGCUUUGGCAGGGAACAUGUGACCAAAAGAAUCACUUUAAAAUCUAUUGACAGCAAUUACCCAAAUAGAAAGUUGUUUCCAUAAAUACAACAUGCUAAAGACAAAAGCAAAUGUAAAAUUGCACAUUGAGCAAAUGUGAACCUUGCAGUUCCUGGAUUUGGAAAGGUUGUUCAACAUUGCUCUCAUAAUUGUAACUUCAUGUUGCAGGGUUCAAGGCUAGCCCAACACUGAUGAACAUGUUUUGUUGCAAGGGACAAGGAUGGCUUGUUUAUUCCUUUUCUUUUUGUAUCAUCUUUUGAAAGAAAUGUAACAAAUAUCAGCACAAACUGAGGAUAACCCCCUCUGCCUCCUAUCUACAAUUCCCAUUCAGCUUGCCUGGUUGAUACAAAAAAGGAAAUGUUAAUUUUUUUACUUUUAAAGAAAUAUUGCAGAAAUGUUUUCAUGGUGUAAGCUGGGAAGUGAGUUCAGAUAAUGAUUCAAAUAAAGAAACAUCUUUUGGAA